UGCGGAUUCAUAUUGUGGCGAGCCGGACAGGAUCAGACAGCGUAAGACUCCUGCAAACAUGAGAGGAACUUCGUAUUCUCAGAAAACCCUGAGCGUCAGCAAUUCCAGUCGGAUGAGGGUCCAGAGUCCGUCCCCGUCCCGAUGCCGUGGGUCCUCGUAUUCCCGGGGCCGAUCGGGAUACCAAGGUCAACCGGUGGAGCUGGACACGGAGAUCCAUCAGCACCACUCCAAUGAGAAAGAAGAGAUGCAGGAGCUGAAUGUGCGAUUCGCGGGGUACAUCGGGAAGGUUCAGGCGCUGGAGCAGAGGAACGCGGCGCUGAGGGCCGAGCUGGACGCUCUGCAGGGCCGGUUUAAAGGAGGGCCGAGCGGACUGGCGGACGAAUACGAGCUGAAGUUUAAAGAGAUGCGGGAUCUGAUCGAGGCUCUGACCGCGGAGAAAGGAGCGGCGGAUAUUGAGCGAGGAUACAUCGAGGAGGAGGUGGAGGUGUGGAGGCUCAAGCUGGAGGAAGAGCUCGCCAUUAAAGAGGAGGCUGAGAUGAUUCUGCGUGAGUUUCGUCAGGAUGUGGAUAACGCCACGCUCCAGAAAGCUGACCUGGAGAAGAGAAUCGAGCAGCUGGUGGCGGAGAUCGAGUUCCUGAAGAAACUGCAUGAUGAAGAAGUGGCUGACCUUCUGAAGCAGAUCGAGGAGUCCAAGGUGACAGUGGAGCUGGACUCGGACAGACCCGAUCUGGCUGCUUACCUGAGAAACAUGCGUGCAGAGAUCGAGAGUGUCGCAGCUCGCAACGUACAGGAGGCUGAGAAGUGGUACAAGGGCAAAUUCGACACGCUGAAGGAGCAGGCCAACAAACAUGAAGACCAGAUGAAGAGCAAGAAGGACGAGAUCCUGACCUUUCACAACCAGGUGACGGAGCUGCAGAACCAGAUCGACGGUCUCCGGGCACGUAACGGUGCGCUGGAGACUCAGCUGGAGGACAUGGAGGCGGCGCACCUGGAGAAGGUAUCCGCUCUGGAGGCAGUCAUUGCUCAGCUGGAGAACCAGCUCUGCGAGACCAGGAUGGAGAUGGGGAAAUACAUGGCAGACUAUCAGGAGCUGCUGCACAUCAAGCUGAAGCUGGAUGCAGAGAUCGCCACCUACAGGACACUGCUGGAGGGAGAAGAGCAGCGCCUUGGCAUCGCCAUCACUGAAGUGAGCGAGAGCAGCUCUGUGUCCCGCAGCGUGGAGACUCACACCACCACCAUCGCCUAAAGGAGAGAAACGCACAACCGUCUGCUAGAACACGACCCGCGUCACUAAAUAAAGCUGGAUUUCACUGCACACUUGUCAAGUUGAUGCUUUAUGGUGGAGUCCUCUGUUUUUCUGAACUGAUGAAAUUAGAAAUGCUAUCGUUUGACCCUCAAGUACUUCAGUCUUCAUUAAAUGCAUGAAGUGUA